UAAGAUAAUUUUACGUCCUGUACUCAACGGCAUGAAGAAGUUUUUAAUGCUUUUUAGUGCGAUUAUUUUCUUUCCUGGCGUCGCUGUUUCAAAAGAGGCAGCCAUCCCGUCUUUUAAAGAUCAAUGCAUGAAGUGGCAUAAUAUCUACCGAGAAAAACAUCAGGUCGACCCCGUGACGUGGGAUGACACUCUUGCCAGUGGAGCUCAAAGUUGGGCAAACUACUUAGCGGAAAAUAAUAUUUUUAAACAUGCGUCUGGAAUUCAGCCAGGAGAAAAUCUAUACCUGUCCGGUUUUCCUCUGCCAGAGGAGCCCUGUACUGAGGCAACACAGCUUUUCUACGGAGAAAUUAAAGAUUAUGACUUCAACAAGCCUGGAUUCUCAAUGAGCACCGGCCACUUUACUCAGGUUGUCUGGAAGAAAACUAAAAAGAUUGGAGCAGCGCAGCAAACAAGGAGAGAUGGAAGGCUUGUGGUUGUGAUUCGUUAUUCCCCGGCUGGGAACUACGUCACAGAGAAAGCUUUCAGAGAAAAUGUUUUACCCGCUCGAUCAGGAAACGGAAUUGGUCAAAUACAUUCUUGUUCAGCCCUCACAGCCUUUCUUGUCGCAUUUGGAGCUAUUUUGAAGUUUCUCUUUUACACCCCAAUCUUAAAAAUGCAAGUUUAUUUUGCUCUCCUCUGCUUCAAAUUGGGUCUGCUGGUAAAAGCUUACUUUGGAGAGGCAGAAAUUCCGCCUUUCAAAGACCAAUGCUUAAAGUGGCACAACAUGUACCGUGAAAAACACCAGGUCGACCCGGUGACGUGGGAUGACACUCUUACCAGUGGAGCUCAAAGUUGGGCAUAUUAUUUAGCGCAAAACAAUCUGUUUAAACAUGCGUCUGGCCUUCAGGUAGGAGAGAAUCUGUACCUCUCUGGUUCUCCUUUACCCGAAGAGCCUUGCACUUCUGCUACCCAAGCCUUCUACGGAGAAGUCAAAGAUUAUGAUUUUAACAAGCCUGGGUUCUCCAUGGAAACCGGACACUUCACUCAGGUCGUUUGGAAGGACUCCAAAAAGAUCGGAGCCGCCCAGCAAAUAAGGGGAGAUGGAAGACUUGUCGUGGUGAUUCGCUAUAGUCCUGCUGGAAACUUCAAUACAGACGGAGCUUUCGCUGCAAAUGUUUUGCCUGCCCGACUUGAUAAUGGAUCCGGAGUUAGCGGUGUGCGUUCUUCUACGGUUUUCGCCGGUCUUUUGGCUGCUCUUGGACUUACUUUUAAUUUACUUUUCUGAAAUAUUCAUUUGAGCUACACUGUGAUCUGGGAGUUUCCAUCUUCUGUCUAGACAUGCUUAACUUUAUGAGAAAAUUGCUUAUUGAGUAAAUUUUUAAAACUCAUGGUAAACGUUAAGGCUUUUGGCACUAUUUGUUUUCACUAUUUUUUUUUGUGCGUGAAAAUUACAUAUAUCUUCUUCAUUUUUGUGUAGAUAACGGCUUUGAAAGUAUAUUUGGCAAUAAAUCAUUGUCCAUUAUAUGAGAGCUUUCACGUCUCGCCACAAUAUCAAAAAAAACUUGAAUUACAUAAAUUCGCUCUACUUAAUUACAAAUAAAGUUGAAACUCGACUUAC